AUGGUGGACAUUCUUUUCCCUGAUUCCUUCCCGGGUGCUAUGGGGGAUCAUUCCAAAAGUAAGUGGCUCCAGUUCUUUCUCUCUCCUUGGUCGGGAUGUUGCGCGUAAAGGUUUGGGUGCAUUGGAAUGUGGUUUCUUGCGAGGGGCUUCGCUUUUGCAAACCCCUCUCGCGGAGGGCGGGGAGAUGGCCAAACAUAACAAAUAUUCUAAAAGGGUUCCAUCUAUAUAUCUACGGCUAUAUAUAGAUAUGCAUUUAUAAGCAUAAAUUUCCCCCUCUCCUUUACGCCGCCGCUUGCCUUGUCGUUCCUGGAUUCUUAUCAAAACCUGGCAGUUGCAGAAUUUGCUGCUGGUUUAUUUUUAAACGAGCAUGUUUUUAUUCGGGGGCUUGUCGCCCAACACUUGAACGAUCCUCCAGAAAACUGUAGGGAGAAUUAGCAAUAACUAUAAAGAUAGCAAUUAUGAUAAUACAACGAAGUCAUGGAAAGAUUCCCAGAUUCUCUUUCUGUUUUCUUCAUUUAUUCUGGGCGUAUUAAAUACGUGGCCGUUUGCUUUUAUUUUCUGCGGUGCAGUCGGAAAACAAAGUUAUACGGGAAAGUCAAAGAUGCAAAAUUCCCCGAGUUCUUCCGUUCUUCUUUUUAUCCCCCUGCUUUGCUGGGGCGUUGAUUUAUAAAAGAGGUGCCGCCGCAGCACCCAAACCUCUUGUAGUCACCGGUGCCUGAUUUGGGGUUAAAUUAUACGGAUUGAUUUUGUUUGGUGUUAGACUGAUUGUUUUUUUUAAAAAGAAAACUUGUUUCCCGCCCCCCUUUCCAGAAAGUCCUGAUGAGAGAUUCUGUCCGUUCUUAGUGUCCUUUGCUCCUUUCCACCGGCAGAGAAACCCGGGAUUGCCAUGUGCGUGGGCUGCGGGAGCGAAAUCCACGACCAGUACAUCCUGAAGGUCUCCCCGGACCUGGAGUGGCACGCGGCGUGCCUGAAAUGCGCGGAUUGUAGCCAGUAUCUGGAUGAGACCUGCACUUGUUUUGUGAGAGAUGGCAAAACGUACUGUAAAAGGGAUUAUAUCAGGUGAUGAUUACCUCCUCCCCCUCUCGGAGCGGGACGCCCACCGAGCGGAAGGAAAAACACGCCUAGCAAAUCCAGUUGCCCCCCCCCCCGCUUCCCUUUCGUUUUCUUUCCUCCUCUUCGGAGCCUUUUUUGUUACACAACCCCCUUUUAUUUAUUCGAUUAAUUGUUUGCAAAUGUUUGCUUUAUUUUGGCAAAUUUCUUCUCCCCCUACCCUCUCUUCUCUAUGUUGUUGAAAUCUUGCUUGCGGGGGGGGGGGGAUUUCAGGCCACAGAGGAUGGAGGGAUGUCUUUUUGGUCUUUGAACUCAGGACGGCCGGAAGUCCAGAGAAAGACUCGCCUGUGGAAGCCUCAUUUUUCACAAUCCUCUCUUGGUGGUUUCCCACCCGACAGAUGCGACAAGAGCCAGACAUUUCACAUAGAGUUCGGAGGGAGGGAAAGCGGGGGAUUUCAUAGAUUUGUAGAGUCGGAAAGGCUCCCAAGGGUCAUCUAGUCCAACCCCCCCCCCAUGUGGCUUAAUUUUCUUAUAUUGCUCCAGCUUAUCCUAAGCGGUGCCGCUUAUUUGUUUUUUUCAUUUCCGAUCUACGCUGUGCCAAGCUUUGCCUGGGUCAGACAUGCCGGCCUGACAAAUUCCUGGGCACCCUAAAGCAAACCCCAAAGCCAGCUUGGCAAGAAGGACGGCUAAGAACCAGUGUGCCAAUGGGAAGGCGGAACGGACUCUCCGUAACUGAGUCCGAGAGAGGCCGAUUCUUCUUAUUUUAUUAUUCUUAAUUUGGCACCACUCAUCUGCAACUUAGGUCUCAGUCUGAAGAGACUUGAAAUCUGAAUCGUUAUUCAUCAUAGUAUACCAUAAGAGCUGCCGAGCUGAAGUUGCCCGUUAUUAAUUUCGCGGCUUUGGCAGCCUAGGUCCCCGCCUCGAGGAGCUUACAAAUCUUCAAAUGCUUAACGAUGGAUACCUUUACGGAUAGCGUUAGAGUAUCCCUAAUAGCAGCCUUCCAAGAGGCCGCCAGGGCUGGUCCUUUCCUUCUUGUUGCUGCCUGUCGUUAAAUGAGCGGAGGGAAACGCCAGGGUCCUGCCUGGAAGAGUUGCGGGGGUAACUGCGGUGUAGCCCGCGCCGCUCACCUGAGCCUCCCUGGGCCGCCCUGGGACCACAGAAUGGGAGGGCCGGAAGGGGCCCCAGGGCCACCUAGUCCCUGCCAGGCCGCGGGGGGUUUGCGAGGGGUGGCGGAGCCCGUGGUGCCCCUUCCCUCCCCCCCCCCCCCGCUGACGGCUGCCCCCUCCCCCCUCCCCGCAGGCUCUUCGGCAUCAAGUGCGCCAAGUGCGCGUCGGGCUUCAGCAGCAGCGACCUGGUGAUGCGCGCCCGGGACAACGUCUACCACCUGGAGUGCUUCCGUUGCUCGGUGUGCAGCCGGCAGCUCCUGCCGGGAGACGAGUUCUCGCUGCGGGACCACGAGCUGCUCUGCCGCGCCGACCACAGCCUCCUCGUCGACCGGGCCGGGUCGGCCGAGAGCCCCCCGCGCAGCCCCGGACACCUCCAAGGCGCUCGGCAGGGCCUCCAGCUCGCAGGUAGGCGGCGCCCCAGCAGAGAACCGGGGAACUGGAGAGCUGGAAGGGACCCCCAGGGUCAUCUAACCCCCUGCAAUGUAGAAACCUCAGCUAACGCUCCUUCCUUCCUUCCUUCCUUCCUUCCUUCCUUCCUUCCCUCCCUCCGCCCUGACUCCUUUCUCACUUUCCCCCUCUGUUCCUUCGUUUCUGAUUCUCUCUUUUCUCUGUCCACAACUCCCCCCGCCCUUCCGCACUUCAUCUUCUAGCCUCCCCGCCUUCUCUUUUCCCAACCUCCGCAACAGCCGACGGAACUCUUUCUGUCCUAGGAGUCUUUCCAAACAGCAGACCCUUUCUGGAUCCACCCAUGCACUCUACACACACGUGUAUUGAGGCUCCUCUCAGACGAACAGAUGGAUUUAGCUUUAGGAGACCGAAUGCAAUCACUUCUGCUGUCAUCAACAGGUCAGGGGAGGCGUGAAAGUACCCCAGUCGGCGAACCAAAUAGUGAAGAUCCUUUGCCCCCAAGCGCUUGCAAAAUGGAGUAGGACAGAGAAAAUAAAAGGAGGAACCCUCCCUCUCCCGUUCCCCCCGUCUUCUGCCCUUUUCUGCUUGGGAGAGACCGCGCCAGCCAGGGCGGGGACUCCAAAACAUCCCUGGGGGAAAUGGAGAGAAUCUUGCCACUUAUCCAGAGUUAGGAAGGAGUAUAUGUCCCAAACUUUUGAUACUCUCCAGCUCUGGUCUGAUGGGAGCCCCCCGCCCCCCCCCCGCACUUAAUCUUGCUUUGUUCAGUUAGCCUCUUUUAAACCUACAGAGAAGACUUGCGGAGGUGAUGGUGAACCCACUGACCCCCCACCCCAAAGUCAAUACUUUGAAGAAAGUAGAUCCUGCUCACUUCUAGGGAAUGUACUGUGAGUGCGACACAUUUAAAGAACCCCGGGAACUGUAGUUCAGUGCAUCCAAGCACUGCAGUUCCCAGAUCAUUUGCGGGCUGUGUGUGUGUGUCUGCUUUAAAUGGUGGGCACACAGACGUAGGAGUGUUGGGUGAAUGGAUUCUGUCUGAAUCCCGUUCCUCCAGUCUCUCCCAGUGGCAAACUUUGGUCCUAGCCCCCCCCCUUACACACGUGAAUAACAAUAUAGGCAGGGAGGUCCAAAAUACAGGGGGAGAGCUUCCAGAUUUUGUUGAAGGCGCUGGUUCUCGUCCUCGUUGGACAGCCCAGUCUUCACAGCUGAGGGCUUUUUAGGAAAACCAGAGUGGGACCAGAUAAAAUAUACCCCUCCAGGCCUGGGCAGGAGGCUUCCCUUCUGAGCGACGUCUCUGCCAGCCUCGGAGUGGAGGCAAAGUAACCCUGUUUCUCUCGCACACCCACUGGGGGAACGCAUCCCUCGGCCACUCCGUGGAGAAAGGGGGCCGCGGAAGAGAGCGCGCAUGCAGCCGGCAGCAAAGUUUCUUUUCAAACCUAAACCCCCAAGCAGAGUUGAUUCGAGUUGCCAGGCAGGCAAGUCCCGCGGAAUGGGGUGGGGGACUUGCUUCUUCAGGAAACAGGAUCGCGGUGUAAACAGAAAGUUGUGUCUCGCACUCAAUUAAUUUAUUAAAUUUCAGAUAACUCUAUUUCUCCACGCGGGGCGGGGGAAAUCCCAGCUCAACAGCACGGGGAUUCCUUCCUUUGUGACUGUUGAAUUAGUCCUAAUAAAGACAGUAUUAUCCCACGGUUAGUUUUCGGAAUUAAUGUAUACCAUACAUACGUACGCACUCUUUUAGAAUGUUGGGAUUUUAAUUGCUUUUCACAGGGGCUACUUAAAUUUAUUGCUUUAAUGUAAUUUUUGCAAAUUGUCCUGGGAUCUUAAGUGAUUAAGGGGAGGAGGCGGGGUUAGAAACAGAAGAAAAUAUGUUUGUUUUACCCUUCUCACCCUCAAAACAUUGAUGCUGUUCAUUUACUCUCGAUUUAAUCAGAGCCCAUGUAUCAGGUUUGAAACAAAAUUUGGGGAACAGCGUCUAACCAAAUUUCCGUUCAUCUUUAAAACAAAAACAAAACAAAAACAAGAACAAAAAUAGAUUUCAAAAGUUAGACACGGGAACUCCUUUUACUAUUCUUACAGCCCAAACCUCCCCGGAUUUGCUUAGAACUAAAGUCUCUCCCCCCCGACAGCGAGGCUGGCUUUGCAACUGAACUGAGCAACACUCUGGUGUUUACGCAGAAGGAAAUGUCACUGCUCCAUCCUGAGGCUUACUCUCGAGUAAGUGAAUUAAACAUUUCAGCCUCGAGUUCUCUGACGUUGGGUUCACUUACAAGGGAGCAAGCCAAAUUCAAUACAGUGAGGCUUACUCCCAAGUAGACAUACAUGCAUAAUAAGAUUGUGCUGGCAAUUCCUUAACACUGGGACAGUUCCUUCCCUCUUCCUUCCUUCCUUCCUUCCUUCCUUCCUUUCUUCAUCUCCAAACCACAGAAACUACCAUUGAGUUGUUGUAGGUUUUUUUUUAUUAGUUAUUUUUAUUAUCAUAAUCAUCUGCAUGUGAUGCAUUGUACCUGUACCUUCCAAAGACGCGAUUUAGAAUAAUAUAGCAAUCUAAAAAACAGAUAAAUAAAUGAAUGAUUUAGUUUUAAAAGCGUUGCGGUGGGAUGACGACGACGACGACUCAUUUUUAAUCCGUCUCUUAACAUUUGCCGCAAAGCGUCUGUCUGUUGCAGCCGGUUCCUCGCCCGGAGGCCGCGGCUCCCAGGGACGGAAAGUGCAGGCAAUUCCGUUUGUCUCGGCUUUCCUCUCCCGCCGCCCGGUCGCCCCCCCCCGCCCCCGACAUCUGUUUUGUGUGACAUCUGAUGCGUCUCCUUUUAACGCCGGGCUGUCAUCUGAGUCAUUGCUGAGCUAAAUCCCCCCGCCCGACCCCCUCACACGCGCACCUUUUUAAAAGGACGUAAAUAUUCGAGGCCAACAUUAGUUUGGGAUUUGUUUAAUAAAAAAUAGAAUAAUAGUAAUAAUUGCAACAAUCGGAUUUAUUGGUCUAAACUCUCUCUUUGGUGUAGCUUGAUUUUUGCGCAGUCUGAUCGAUAUUUGUGUGUGUGUGUGUGUGUGUGUGUGUGUGUGUGUGUACAGAGACAAACCUUGCGAAAUUCAAGCCCAGCCUCUCCUGAGACUGUCCAGUCCCUCUCCAACCCUCGGCUUGUGCGUUUGAAAUGACAUUAUUUAACAUUAUUUGGAGAACCUGUGGAGUGUGUGCGGGGGGGGGACAAGGCCGAAAGUAUUAUUAUUAUUAAUAAUAAUAAUAAUAAUAAUAUUGCUACUACUCCUACUACUAUAUUUUAAUUUAAACAUGUUUCUUUCAAGUCGGUCCUUUUCUGAGAAGAUUCGUGGUUAUUUGUUAGACUUGGCUAAUAAUAAUAAUAAUAAUAAUAAUAAUAAUACAGGAAUAGCAACUCCUUGCACAACCUGUUCUUUAAUUAUUAUUUUGAUCUUCAACGGGAAAGCUUUGCCUGAUGUGCCAAGGAGGAGACGGGGCUCCGGGCGGCGGCGGGGGUCGGGUUCGCCGCCCCUUGGUGCUGGGCGGAGAGGCGCCGGGAGACGGGAGCCCCCUUCCAGGCCAGCGGCCGCUCCGGGCCGGACCUGCGGGAACCGAGUGGCGGCGGGGAGACCGUGCAAACGCUGCCCAGUGGUCUCCCGACACCUUGUGGUGCGUUUUCUUUGGGGGGGGCGGCAAUCCCUCCCAGAGACUUAGUUAUGGGGUGUGCAAUUAUUGCACAACUAAAUGGCAGUUUAGAAGCUGCGCGUGUUGAUAUUGUUUUGUUUUGUUUCACGCCGCGUUUGCCUUUCCGGCCCCGAGUUGAGCCUCUUCCUAGACUGCGCCCGGGGGGGGGGGGCGUAGUAAAAUUCCUCUGCUGUCUCAAGGAGGAGCUGCCAGUCCUGAGGUGCCAGUCACUCCCCCCCUCCGAGAAAGGGCUCAGUUUUGCGUUGUUGUUGUUGCUGCUGCUGUUAAUUUUUGGUAUCAAUGUGACCUUCGCAAAGUAUAAGGCGGCAGGUCCACUAACUAAUGAUCUGCGAAGAACUAGGAAAAACAAUUGCUUUAUUAAUUAUUUAGUUUUUAUAAAAAUAUUUGUAUACCGCUGUAUCAUAUUACAGAAGUAUACAAAUAUUUUACGGUUUACAGGAAUAGGAAUAUAAGACCAUACAAUAAGACCAUUAAAAUAAGUUAGAAACAAUAGCCAGAAAUAGUUUUGAACGUCUUAAAGCGCUCUCUGCAUACACAAUAAAAUUGUAACUAAAACACAUCUAAAAGCCACAAAGGGUAACCCAGAGGGCUGCUCAGUCUGGGACAUGGGGGCGGCUUGAGCCCCAGAAGGCGCGCCGUUGAACUAGCUGGGCGGGCGUCCCAACCUUUCCCCGGGGGGGGGCGCAAUCUUCCCUCCCCCCUCCUGAUCAGCCUCUCUCUCUCCCGCCAUCUUCCCUCCCCGCAGAUUCCGUGCCCGGGCGCCAACCCUCCUUGCGUCCACACGUGCACAAGCAGGCGGAGAAGACGACGCGCGUGAGGACUGUGCUGAACGAGAAGCAGCUGCACACGCUGCGCACCUGCUACGCGGCCAACCCGCGGCCCGACGCGCUCAUGAAGGAGCAGCUGGUGGAGAUGACCGGCCUGAGCCCGCGGGUGAUCCGCGUCUGGUUCCAGAACAAGCGCUGCAAAGACAAGAAGAAAUCCAUCCUCAUGAAGCAGCUCCAGCAGCAGCAGCACAGCGACAAAGCCGUAAGUGCCCCUUCCCUUACUCCGCACUUCUGAAUAGCCGUCGCCCUCCCUGAAAUAAAUGGCCCCCUCCAUCUCGAGUGACCCACGUCCCCAAGUCAAGGGUGAGGAUUUCCUAGAGAUUUCGGGGAGAGGAUUUAAACUGGCUUCUGGACAGGCCUGAUCCCCCAGCACGAACCCACGCUUUGCAUCCGCGGACGGUUUGAAUUGGCCCAGUCUGCAGUGAACACCUAUGGCUUAAGUGGCGCAGGGCUUCCCUUCCUCUCUCCAAUCUCUCUCGUUUUUGAAAGGCUUCAGCUCGCCGGCAUCUGAAGACGUAGGAAGAUAAAUGUUGUGUACGUGACAGUUGUAGAAGCUACAUCCUUAUAAUCUGGUCUAAUCGGAGCGAAACUCAAACGUGUAUUAACAGGUUUCCAAUUUCAUCACAGCAGGUGGGGGACCACGGACUGUUUUAAAAGGCAAACUGUUUUGUUUUGCGUUUCACAUCACUAGGAUCCUUCUCGCCUCCUGCUUAACACCCCUAGACACGCGCGCACACGUGUGUUUGGCAGUGUUUUGGAUUACCCUUUAUGUAGAUGCCAGUGCCUUGGUCAGUAAGAUGCCACAAGACUCUUUCUCGUUUUUUGGUACAACAAACUAAACAAGGCCACCUUUCUCGAAGCUGGACUAGGAGAAGGUUUCGUGACACCAGAUCUCUAAAUAUAUCCCCCCUAAUACAAUGUGUCUCUAGAGCGUCCCUGGAAAUGUAUUCGGGUGAAUUUUUUUUUUAAAAUAAUCGAAAGUUCUUAAAAAACCAAGUGUUUUUAGAGCAAAAUCUAUUGCUAAAUUAGUUUAGUUCCGAUUAAAUAAACUUGCCGCCCCAUCUUAAAAAUAGAACAACAAUAAUGUUUUUGCUUUUAAUAUAUAAUCUAUUUUUGAAGGGCGCUUCAAACCCACAAAGGGGCACAUUAACAGAUCCGGUGUCACGAACAGUGUAAUGCUAGCCGUGUGCACUGAGAAGAAAGUCCUGUUUCGUUCCUUGGGACUUAUUCCCGAGUCCCAGGUAAAUCAGGUGCAAUCCUAACCCCAUUUUACCUGGGAGUAAGGGCCACUGAAUUCGAUUACACUUACUUUUGAGUAGACAUGGUUGAAAUUGUGUUGUUACUGGCUAAAGCAAUACCUCUAUGAACACUUAAUUGGGGUUUACUUCUGAGUAGCCGGGGAUAGGCUUGUGCUACUUCAAUAUAGGAGCCGGAAAAGUCUUUCUGCCCACACCUCCGCGGCAAACCACUGUAAUCUUACUUGGAAUCUAGGGAACAGUAUUAUUGCCUAUAUUUUACAGGGCUUUUGUAGGACAGAAAUAUUGUGAAGGCUGCUGCUCAAUGCCCAGCUAUGUGGGAGCGUGUCCCCACUGAAACGUCCGAGUAAACGGGCACAGACUGGUGCUGCACAGGAGUCUAUAACGAAAAAGGUUACAUAGUCCAAGAGUGGAGGGUCACCCCCAGCUCUACAAUUAGGAUUCUCAGAAAGGUUCUCUGUGCCUAAACUACAUUGAAAUGAUUGGGAAAGAUGCAAUAACUCAAUGUGUGGAAUAAUUACCCGGUGGAUUUUGUCAUUCCGUCUAUACUGUUAUGGGAAACCAUCUAAAUGCAUCCAUUUAUUGUUAAAAUGAAGUAUAAAAAAACCACAACCACCAUUUCCCCGCUUUCCCCUUCUAGAACAAUUGUCCCUUUUCGGCUGUAGUGAAAUUGGCGAGGGGAGGGAUGAGGGAGGAAAUAUAUGGCUGCACGUUAAGGCCAGGCCCGUUGACUUCCAUGGGCUUUGCCACGUGCCUGCCUGGGAGUAAGGCCCCGGCCCCGCCGCCCUCCAGGGCGCUUCCUUCCUUCCUUCCUUCUAAGCAGACGCGCAUCGGGUCUCCGCGAAACGGACGAGCUGGAGAGCAGAGCGAGGCUCGCGCAGGGUCAGGGCGAAAGAGUUCGCAACCUCGUGCGCUUCGCUUUCGUUUUCGCGGGAGACGGUUAUCGGCAUCACUCAUAUUGUUUUUAUUAUUGAUUAAUUAAUAAUUACCCCGGUGGCAUUAAAUAUUGCAUUUUCCCCUGGUGGUUCACCCCCAGCCCCAAAAUAUUUUUAAUUGGCUUCAAAACCACGUUCAUGGGCGUUGUAGAAAAUGACAGCAGGAAGCUCCAGCCUUGAGGGGAGGGACUCUCUUAGGGAUUUUGUCCGGAGAGAACCCUCUUUUGAUUGGGUUUCAUGCAAAACUUCCAGGCAAGCUCAAGCAAAUUAAAAAGAAUGAGAAGAUAAUGCUAAUUUAAACUGCUUCUUGGCUCCCCCCCCCCAGCAAUUGUUAGUGCCACCACCCAUAUAAUUCCAAUUAAGGCUCUGCAGCAGAUAUACCAGCAGAUAAUGUCAUCAUAAAUAAAUCCUAUUACUUUUAAUAGAUUAAAUUAAGAUAUUAAAAUUAUGUUUGAAAAAUGAAUCAAAAUUUAGCCCCCACCUCUUUUGUUUGUUUGCCUUUUAAACUCUUUAGAAAACUAUAUGUGAUUUAGCCAGUGUGGCGUAGUGGUUAGGAUUAGCACUGGGAGAGCAGGGUUCAACUCCCCUGCUUGGUCGUGAAUCUCACUGGGUGGACUUGGGGGGUCAAUCGCUGCCUCUCAGCCCAGCCUACCUUGCAGGGUUGGUUUGGGGCAUUAAUGAGGAGGGGCAGAACCAUGUGACCACCUUGAGCUUCUUGGAGCAAAAAGCGGGGUAGAAAUGCCAGUGAAUAAACAAACUUUUUGCUCUUCCCUGUAAAUAACUGUGAAGCAUAUUUGAUCUGGGUAAGGGGUUUGAGGAGGGGGAGGCGAAAGCCUUGAGAGGAGUGGGAUCAGGAAGGCAGGCAGGAGGCGUAUCUUGACCAUCAGAGGUGGAAGUGUUGCUUAAUUUCUCUAGAAACCAGAUCAUCUAAUGUUCAUUCCAUUACUGCCACAAAUCAAUGAGAGGGGAAAGAGCACUUGCUCUCCUUGUGGCAGGUGGAAAAACCAACUGCUGCCCUUCUGGAAAAAUAUGUUAUUGCUGGUGAAGCCAGUUUGGUUAUUAGAAAGGAUUUGGAUUGGGACAGGAGGAGAAUAAAGGGAAACUUUCUUUCACUCUCCUCCCUCCUUACUGCCAGAUUUUGUAGGCUAAUCCAGCAUUAAUUAAUGAUUAAUUGCUGAUUAGCCCCUCCCCCAUUUGGGUUCUUCCACUUCUUUCUGUUGUCCAUUCUUCCCUGAUUUGGAACACUUUGUAAGAGAAUUCUCCUCCCCUAACCCAGGCUUCCUCAACCUCGGCCCUCCAGAUGUUUUUGGCCUACAACUCCCAUGAUCCCUAGCUAGCAGGACCAGUGGUCAGGGAUGAUGGGAAUUGUAGUCUCAAAACAUCUGGAGGACCGAGGUACAUCCCUUUUGCCGUCAUAAGCAGCUGCAAAUUGGGGUUUUCCAAAAUACACCAGCCUUCCAACUGAGUAUCAGUGGGGGUGGGGUGGGGGUGGGGUUGAGGUGGGGCUCAGUCCAAGGCUUUGCAAAAUACCAAGUAAUAUGAAACAGGAUAUUGUCCCUGAACAUGUCAAUAAUUCUUGCUACUGAGCAGCCAUAGUCAGCCCCUUUACACUCAGCAUCUGUAGGCAUGGCUUAUCACAAGGGUGAGCAAAAGGUAGAUUGGGAUCUACUGACAAGAUCCCUGAGGUGACUUGCAAUGGAUCUGAAAAAGUUUCUGACAACACAUAUGCAGAUACCCUAGCCUUUCCGUGGAUGAUUUUGGGGGUGGGGUGGGAAGAGACCUCCAUAAAUUGCUUUGUGAGCAUAUGAGUCUUAGAAAUUGUUUUGCUUCAUUGUAAAGUCUUGUGACUAUAUAAUUUUUAAAAAGAACCAGGGGUGAUUUGCUAUUAUUGAUCUGUAGCGCAUGGCUGGAUGUGACAUUGGGACAUGAUGAUGCAUCCAAGUCUGUCACUGCUGCCAGAUUCUUCCUCUGGGAACAGGUGGGUUGGGCUGAGUCUUUGCUGACUGUUCCUUUCUUUUCACUCCUCCAAAAGAGCCUUCAGGGCCUGACUGGGACUCCACUGGUGGCCGGCAGCCCAAUCCGCCAUGACAGCGCUGUGCAGGGGAACGCAGUGGAGGUGCAAACCUAUCAGCCCCCCUGGAAAGCACUCAGUGACUUCGCCUUGCAGAGCGACUUGGACCAGCCAGCCUUCCAGCAACUGGUAAGGGACCGGGAGAGGUGGGAACACACUGCCAAGAGGACCAGGUCUUCCUUUGAACCAGCUUGGGAGCAGAGUGGGGAAGGUGCACCUUCGUGGCCUUUGUGGCUCAAGCCUAAGAAAAACAUCGCCACCCGCUCCCAGACUGUAUGUGAACAGUUGAUUCUUCCUUAAACGCUGUGCCCUCUGCCACACGUGGGGACAGUCAGGUUGCUUUGGGGGCACAGGGAAGGCCAUGUGGGACACACAGCUCUGUACUGCAGCUCCCUGCACGCAGGCCCAGCAUCUUCCACCAGCCAGCUGCCUCACUCUGCCUCGUGGCUCCGCUGGCCCUCCUUUUUCCCUUGACACCCAGCUCACCUCCCUGACUGGGACGCAUCUCCUAAGCAAGCCUGCUUCAACCCAAAUUCUCCUGGGUGUUGACUCAGACUUUUGGGGAUCAAAAGGAGGUUGGGAGGACGGUGGUUGACAGCCACAACACAAGAACCAUCCGUGCUCUGUACUGUGGAUUAAGCACUCUCGAACAAUCACUACACUCUGUGUAGGAUGAGGAUCACUGUGGACAUCGGUGGGAAGAUGGAGAGGGCAGGAAUUGAGACCCCUUUAGCGCUUUUUCCUACUUUUGUGUGACAGGGAAAGAGCUCUUCAAAUUGUGCUUCGUGGUGUGUUAAGUGAUCUUGAGUGCAAUCUCAUCUGUGCUGGUCUGUUUGAAGUAUGUGCUGCUUAAUAUAAAUUCAAACUGGCCCUCUGGAUGUAUAUACGUAUGUGAACAGGUACCUAAGUUUGGGUUCCCAUUGCAACAUCAGAGGAUCCUUUAAUGAUUUGUUGGAGUACUUGCACCAUUAGUUAAAAAGGAGUUAGGAUGGAGUUGCAUCAAGAACCGCCCCAAUGCAGCAUCACCAAAUGUGAUCCUAUGUUGGCAUCAUGAGCAGAUGUUUAGGAUUGUGGUGUAAUCUGCACUUACCUGUACAUUUGGGGCAGAGUCUUCAGGCAAUGGUAGAUGCCUAGACAAAAUGGGGAAGGGGCGCAGCCCAGCAGUAGGGCAUGCAGAAGGUCCCAGGUUCAAUCCCUAGCAUCUCCAGGUAGAGCUGGGAGACACCCUACCUGCAACCCUGGGCUGCUGCUGCCAGUCAGUGUAAACAAUAUUGAACUAGGUGGACCAGUGGUAUGAAGAAGCCAGCUUACUGUGCUCACAGAACUGUAUGAUAAAGAAGUUGCUGGGAUGUAUUUGAAAGAAAGGCCUUAUCCCCUACCUGAAUACACCAGAAUAAGGUCAUGUUAAUGCUUGAGGAAGAGGGAUAAUUUUGGAGGGAGAGAGACGUAAAUACAAAAUGUCAACUCCGUGUUGGACUGAGGCUGCAGUUUUGUCAAAUACUUAGCACAGGCACACUGAAAACGUAAAGGUGAGUUCACUUCAACUUGCCUGUUGAGCAGGCAUAGGCAAACUGGGCCCUCCAGAUGUUUUGGGACUACAGUGCCCGUCAUCCCUGACCACUGGUCCUGUCAGAUAGGGAUGAUGGGAGUUGUGGUCCCAAAACAACUGGAGGGCCGAGUUUGCCUAUGCCUGCUGUUGAGCAUGCAGCGGCUGAACACCUUGCUAAGCUAUGCCUAUUGCUGGUGAGCUCAGGGUCCCGGGUUCAGUCCUGGCAUUUCCAGGUAGGGGUGGGAAGAAUCUUUGCCUGAAGAGCCUCUGCCCAUCAGUGUAGACGGUACUGUGCUGGAGGGACCAGUGUUCUGAUUUGGUAUAUAUCAGCUUGCUAUGAGUGACUUGGCCUCAGUUCAUCAGCUGUGAUGUUUUGCUGCAAUGCCAAAACAGCAUCACUGGAUUCCAGUUUCCAUUGUUAGGUGUGCCAGGCUAAUGGAAAUGAACAGGCUUAAAAUAGAGUUGUCCUCCUGCUGGAUCACAGCUCAGAACUGCUGAUGGGAAGCCCGUGAAACGGUAUCGUUAAUUACAAAGGAAUACUGAGGAAUGUGUGCACAUCGAGGGGUUCUCCCCCUCCUAAUGCAUUCUUUCCUGUAUCUUGAUUAUGCUUUAGAGGAUAAUCAAAAAUGAAUCUGGUGUAAUAUUUAGUUAAGAUAAUGGAGAAUUGAGACGGGUGAGCUGCCUGCAUAAUUAAAUGGUCAUUUGCUAGAAACGGAAGUGCCACUAAAUGAAAUAUGGGUCCUAUACAUCAGUUUAUGAAAUAUGGAGCCCGGCUCUGCAUAGCUGCCACUGGAGCUUUGCCUAGACAGAGAGGAGUGUGCAGGAAGUCUGUCAAAUUCCUUACAGAACAGUUUCCUCUUUGCAGGAGAAAGGCUCAAUGGGCUCUGCAACUGGAGACCGUGAGGGAAAGCAGUAUGUGCCACUUUAACAGUCAUGGCUUCUUCCCCAGAAACUGGGAACUGCAGUUUCUUAAGGGUGCAGACAGUUGAUAGAAGCCUCCCCCGUUCCCAAGAGCUACAAUUCCAGAGUUCAUUGGGAAGAGGGAUCAGCCGUUAAACCACUCUGUGAAUUGUAGCUCUGGGGGGGAAUAGGGAUGAUGCUGGGAUAAAGGUGAAGGCCUCCCCUUCUACCCUCACCCCCUUCUGGCUUCCCAAGAGCCUUAUGGAGGGAGAACUUGCUAGAGGAAGGAAGGGAAAGUGUUUUGUGCAGCCCAAGGCCACAUUGCCUUCUGGGUGCCAUAAGCCAGUGCCAGGCAAUGCAAGAGGGAAAUGUGGCUGGGAAAAGGAGUAUAAAAUUUGCCUUUGCAGGGGGUCCAGUUGCUAUACAUUCACACACCCCUCUCUACCCCCCCAGUCAGGCAAGAGCACUUGACGAGUGUGCAGAGCAGGGCUGGGGUGCAAGGAAUGUGGCCUGGGAAUGGUCUUGAGGGCCAAAUAGAGAUGUUUGGGGGGCCACAUUGGGCCCCAGGGCAGAGGUUCCCUCCUCUUGUGAUACAGUAUGGCAAGUUACCUGAAUGGGUUGGAGAACACCCCAGACAUCUAAAUCAGUGGUACUGCUUGAUAAAUCUAGCCUGUUCAAACAGACUGAAUCUAUGUUGUUGGAAAAGAGAAGGGUGGGAGGGAAAGGCUUUGCGGAUAGAGAUCCUCCAUUGCUCUGCAAGCCUUCCACAAAACCACCUGAACAGAGCUCACAGACUACCAGCAACCCACAGACCAAAGUUUAUGAACUUCUGACCCUACGUAAUAGGUGUGUUUAAGGAACCGUGCUUGAAUUAAUCAGUUCAAAUAAUUUCAAGCAGUGCCCUUUAAUUGCACUCAUUAUUUAGGUCCAUUAUUCAUGGGUUUGGGGAGUGAGUGUGAUCUGGCCACAACUGAUGAAGCUCAGAUGGUGAGCCCCCUACUUUCUCCCCAUAAUUUUAGUCCUUUUAGGAAAUGUAUAGUGGCACACCUCACAUUUGAAUAAUGAAGAGUUUGGGAGAUCCUGACAGUUUGAGAGAAGGUUCUAUCACUCAUAAUAUUCCUUUGGGAGUCCUCCGGCACAUGAGGAGGACAUGCUCAUGUUCAGUUCCUUUUCAUUCCACUGGAUUGUGCUCCCGCUUUUCAUACCAAGUGCGUGUAGGGAUGUGAAUAGACAUGUAUAGAUUUAUUAGAGAUUACCCUUCCUUCCUUCCUCGCGUUUGUAAGUUCAGCAGAGUGCAUCCCUUUGUAGCUUAAAAGUGAAGCUUAGAUAGGUUAGUUUUAGCCUUUUCGUUUAAGUAACCCAGGAUGCCUUAAGGCAGACUGGGUUCUCCUGGUAUUUCCCCCUUAAAACAAUAAUCAUACAAACAUUCUUGUAAAAGGUAAAAAUAACAUUUACUCAUUCCACAUUUCUGUUGCAGAAUGACAGAUACAGCAGCUUUGUUCAGACAGGCUUAAAAUGGUAAUUCAGUUAGAUAGACAUGCUUAAGUCUAGCUUAAGUCUAGCAUGUCUGAGCAAUGGAGCUCAGAUAUGCAGGUUGUUCUCACUUUUCUGACUUGGUGCUGAGAUGAAGAGGUAAGAGUGAAGAGAGGCCAAAGAGCCAAGAGGAAGUGCCAAGCCUUGUGAGUAAUUAUACAUGGCUAUGCCACCCCCCCCCCCCGUCAGGGCACAGAGGGAGCGUCUGUCUCAGAGUUCUGCCUAGCAAAGUACAGGAAAACUCUGUCAGCUUCAGCUCUGAUCAUGUGCCUGUCUAGCAAACAUGCUUUGUUGGUUUGACUGCCUUGUAAAUAUCCCACAGUGAGCUGCAAGAGUGCUUCAGGGAAGUGCGAAGAAGAGACUCUGGCAGGGUCCCAAAGAUGGGCAAGCCCUAACUAGGCUUCGGGGACCCUGCCAGAGCCUUAUGCCUCCUUCCCAAAGCCUAGUGCCUCCUCACCUGGCCAGCUUUGGGAAGGCAGCAUGAGGGCUGGGGGAGCGGCAUCAAAUGUUGCUGAGUGCUGCCCCAAAACACUUUUUGAUAUCAUUCAAACCCACUAUAUCUUUUAAGCAGAUUCUCAUUCUGCCUUCAGCUGUGUUUCAGUUUGCCCUGGCAACAAGGAAAGGGUUGGCAAUAUGAACUGAUAUCUGUUUUCGGGAUGAGCUUUUGGGGGUUGGGGACCGUAGCAUCUGCUUUGCAUGCAGAAGAAUAUUAAAAAGGAUGAGGUGGCACACUUUGGGAAAGGCUUUCUCUGCCUGAAACCUUGGAGAGUUGCUGUCGGAAGGAGUAAGCAAUUCCAGUCCAGAGGGACAAAUGGUCUCACCUGCUAGGAGACAUGCUCCUAGGAGUUAAAUUUUAAAAACUAAAUAACUGGGGCAAAUAAAUUCUUGUAUCUUUUCAUCAAUAAAUAUUCUCUGGGUGGCUUAAAAUCAUUUUAAAAUAAAAAUUAAAGUGAAAGAGCAACAGAGAAAGCAUAGAGCAGAUUACAAUCUGAUUUAAACUGCCAAACUCCCUGCGUGAAUAAAGACAUCUUCACCAUCACCUGGUGUUACAAAGACCAUAGAAAAGGUGUUGGCUGAGACUCUUUGGGGAGUCUGCGUGGGAUGAGUUUUAAUGCAAUUAAAUUGCAGUUUAUCCCUCCAGGCACCUGCAUGUGUGGGUUAAACAGAGUUUUAAAAUUCCAUCCUCGGAAGCAAAAUAAAAAGCAUAGGAGCUGUAAAAUCUUGUUUUGAGCAAGUCCUGCUACAAAGUAAGUUGGCUUCCCCAUUCUUACCCCACUUAACAAAAUAUCAGGCAGCAACUUACUUUAUUGGUUCACAGCAGUGGAAGCAGUAAAAACUAUGCAGGCAAAAUACUUACAGUAAACCCAGCUCCAGCGAGGGGAGGCAUGUCUGCAUCUGAUGGGCGGGAGGGACAGGAGGUGCUCUGUUCUUUCCUCUCCGGGAGAGCAGGGCAAAUGGCGCCACACAGAGCCCUCUCUGCUAACUGCGUUUCUAUGGGCCGUGUAUCUGCCUCAGCAAUCCAGCUCUGUGAUAUUAGCGCCUUCUCAUCCUAACUAGCAAGAAUACCAUAUUUUUUGCACCAUAACACUCACUUUUUUCCUCCUAGAAAGUAAGGGGAAAUGUCUGUGCGUGUUAUGGAGCGAAUGCCUGUGGGUGGCAGGGGGGAUCUGCUGCAGUCGUGUGCAGAGGAUCCAUGGAUCCCCUUCCUUCCCUCCUCCGUGGUUACAAAGCAUGGAUCCACAUGGAUCCUCAGGAUUUUUGCAUUGGGCUACUCCAAACUCACUGUCAGAUCACAUGUCUGUGGCCACAGCAUGAACCACAAAAAUCAUAUAUCCACUAUUUCGUUUAGAAUAUUUUUUUUCUUGUUUUCCUCCUCUAAAAACUACGUGCGUGUUAUAGAGCGAAAAAUGCGGUAUGUUUUUGUUAGGUUUGGCAGCUCAUCUCCCACAGUUUGUUCUAUAGCUCAGGUCACCCCCCUUUGCACCUGCCCCAGUGGCAUGUGUCCCCCCAGAAGGUUGCCUAGAAGGCAGUGCGGCCCCCGGCUGAAAAACGGUUCCCCGCUCACUCCUGCUGCAAGAUUGGCAUCACUUGACUAAUCCCCAACCUUGUCGCCCUCUCUCUCCGCCCCCGCAGGUCUCCUUCUCAGAGUCCGGCUCCUUGGGCAACUCAUCUGGCAGCGACGUGACCUCCUUGUCCUCUCAGCUCCCCGAUACCCCCAACAGCAUGGUCCCCAGCCCGGUGGAAACGUGAGAAGAGCCUCCUUUUACCACCCCCACCUCCCCACGGACUUUCGCAUGCUCCUGACCCCUGCAUGAGAUCUCCUGAGCUCCGAGCAAACUCAACUCUUUAAAUUAUUAUCUUUUAUUUAAAACCCAGCUCCCCGAUCUUUCCUAAACCGUCAUGGCUGUAAGCGGCACCCGCCUCUGGACUGCACCGCCUCUCCAGCACACCGGGGGGGGAGCAGAGCAAGACGCCCAAGGGAUUCCGUGCCCCCACCCUCCGUGAAUACCUCUGGAUUGUACUAGGAUGACUUUCCUGACUCAUGUAAUGGUAGCUUUAGAGUACGUUGUCUUUUUUAAAACAAACAAACAAACAAAACACACUUCCUUGGGAAGAAGCAAACCUGAUCGUCUUGGAAUUGCCGGUGCCAUUUGCCACGCUAUGCCAGGAGCCUGGACAAAUCUUGAACUCCCUUACAUUUGUUUGCUGGCCCUGGAAGGGGGGAUCUGUCUGUCUGUCUGUCUGUCUGUCUGUCUGUCUCUCUCUCUCUCUCUCUCUCUCUCUCUCUCUCUCUCUCUCUCUCUCUUUCCCUCCCCCCCCUCCAAGCCUGCAUGAUUGCUGGAAAACUAUCUGCAAGACUUAAAGUAUCCCCCCCCCACUUCUCUUGCCAAUGUUAAAUUAUCUUCUGGAUGGAGGUGAGGUUUGUUAGGCCAUUGCAGAC